AUGCCUGCAGAACCGGACUGCUCUUCGAAGUUACAAAUGGCUGGACAUAACCGAGAGCUGCAGGCACAUUUGAUGUCACUUGAUGACAUUGAGUUGAAUGAAGAUGAUCAAGACAGACUGUUCACCGAGUAUACCAUCAACACAGUUCACGCAAGCUAUGCCGCAGCACAGUCGCGAGUCCAGCAGUAUACCCAAUUAUUGACGCUCCUUAGAUGCAAGGAAGAUGAGUGGGCACGGAAAGUGGAGAAAGCAAAGAACAUCUUGCCGCAUUACAAACCCAAUACAUUGCAUUGCUCUUGGGAGAGCGAUAUGGACUUUCAUGGACUCAGCCGACAUCAUUCGACAUGCAAACACUAUCAGAAGGCAAGUGCUCUAGCCGCACAGAAAAGAAGGGACCGGGCAAAGGAGUCGACUAAAUCAUUGCAACUACUACCAACUAGUAGUACUAGGGGCACUCUGGAUACAGACAUGUUGGAUACUGUGAUGGACGAUAUCAUUGAACAAGAUGAUAAUAUCACAGCGACACAUGGUCGGGCUAGUCCUGAGAAAUUUCACAGAUCUUCUACCUACUGA